AUGCGAUGCUCUCAACCAAAGGACAAUGGGUUUCCUGGUCGAGCUAGAUUGUUGAAUGGAGUUUUGACAAUUACUCGAAUGCACACAAUGCAUGGUAAACAUCCAGGCUUAUUGGAAAGUAACACUGCUAAAGAAUAUGUUAGAAAAAGAGCUGCGGAAACAUUGAAUCCACAAAGAAUUCUUUACCAAGAAUUGUUGGCGUCACGUGAAUGUCAAGCAGCAGUCAAUCAAGAUCCUGACUGGUUCCCUGAAAAAAUGCAUAAAAUAAUCAACAGGAGUAGAGAAUCUGUAGAUCUCCCUGACGUACAAAAUCUUGAUGAAUUCCAUGAUGUUUUAAAUUCUCAGCAAUGGCACACUCUAUUAACUUGUGAUGGUGGUUCCAUCCAACCAGACCAAUCUAUCAAUAUCAAUAAUAGUGCUAGUGGUAGUAAUAGUAAUAUUAAUGGUAAUAACAGUGCUUCUCAAGCUAGUAUAGAAUGGGUUGAUGUAGAAAGUGCUUUUAGAAAUAGGAUGAAUGUCAGUAUAAUCGUCAACUUAUCACAUAAAAAUCUGGACUCUUUUUUCGAUGAGGUAAAACGUAUGUUAUUUAUAAAAAUAAAUGAAUCAAUGAGUCAACAUGGUUCAUUAAAAGUCCAAUUGAUAUUAGCAUAUAAUAGUUUUUCUAGACUUCAAACACAAAUUGAAGAAAGUGAAUUGCAAGGUUCAGGUUGGUCUUUCAAUGAAAUUUUGAAUCUUGAAAUUCACAUUAAUAAAUAUAUUCCAUUAAAAGGAGGUAAUUCUUCAUAUGUACCAGUUCCAAAAUGGAUUCAAAAUACUCGUUCGGUUGUAAAUGUUCAAAAUAAUGAUAAUAAGUGUUUUAUUUGGUCGGUCCUUGCAGCAAUUCAUAAACUUUCUAUUAAUUCUUGUAGGGUAAAUAGUUAUUUACAAUAUGAACGUUUACUUAAUCUUGAUGGAAUCACUUUUCCAAUGAGUUGGAAAUCAAUUGCAUUGUUUGAAAAAAUGAAUAAUUUAAAGAUAAAUGUCUAUGGUAUUGAAGAUGAUAAUGAAGAAGAUUAUGAUAAUAAUGAUAUGGUUCCGUUUGUUAUAUAUGCUGAUACAGAAUGUAUUUUAAAACCAAUUGUGAAGGAUAAUAAUAAUUUGAAGAAGACUCUAGAAUAUCAGAACCAUGUCCCUUGUAGUUUAGGAUAUUAUCAGAAAUGUUCUUAUGAUGAUUCAUUGUCAGAAUUUAAAUUUAAUAGAUCGAUAAAUUGUGUUGAGUGGUUUGUUGAUGAAUUGUUUGAUAUAGCUAUUAAAGUUGAUAAUAUUUUAUCAAAUAUCAAACCCAUGAACUUGACAAUUAAUGAAGAGCGUUCUUUUCAUCAAGCUAAAAAAUGCCAUAUUUGUGAUAAUAUCUUCACAGAAAAAAAUAUUAAAGUUCGUGAUCACGAUCAUAUCACUGGCGUUUAUAGGGGGGCAGCUCAUCAAGCCUGUAAUAUUAAUUAUCAAGAUUCAUGUAUAAUUCCAAUUGUUUUUCAUAAUUUAUCCGGAUAUGAUGCACAUUUCAUAAUUAAACAAUUAACUAAGAGAUUUCCUGGUAAAAUAGAAUUACUUCCAUUGAACAAAGAAAAUUAUAUUUCUUUCACAAAAUAUGUGGAUAAUACAAGGAUUCAGUUAAGAUUUAUAGAUUCAUUUAGAUUUAUGGCUAGUUCAAUCGAUACACUAGCAAAAAAUUUAGAAAAUGAUAAAAAAACAAUAUCUAAAAGUUUUUGUAGAGAUAAUGAAGAAUUUAAAUUGUUAACUAAAAAAGGUGUUUUUCCAUAUGAUUAUUUAGAUGAUUGGAGUAAAUUUGAUGAUGUUAACCUUCCAUCAAAAUUGAAUUUUUAUUCAAAAUUAAAUGAUGAAAAUAUAACUGAUGAAUUAUAUAAUCAUGCUACUAACGUUUGGAAGAAAUUAAAGAUUCAAUCAUUAGGUGAAUAUUCAGAUUUAUAUUUACGAUUAGAUAUUACAUUACUUGCUGAUAUUUUUGAAAACUUUCGUGAAAACUGUCGACAAGCUUAUGGAUUAGAUGCUCUUCAUUAUUAUACAGCUCCAGGUUUGAGUUUUGAUGCAAUGUUGAAAAUGACAAAAAUAGAACUUGAAUUACUAACUGAUCCAGACAUGGUUCUAUUUAUUGAAAAAGGUAUUCGUGGAGGUUUAUCACAAUGUUCGAAUAGAUAUGCUAAGGCGAAUAAUAGAUUUAUGGAAAAAGAAUAUAAUCCUUCAGAAGUAGAAUCAUAUUUGAUGUAUUUUAAUGUAAACAAUUUAUAUGGUGGAGCUAUGUCGAAAUCAUUAUCAACACAUAAUUUUGAAUGGUGUACGGACUUUGAUCGAGCACAAAUCAAAUCAAUUUCGAAUGAUUCAAAAAUUGGAUAUAUAUUUGAAGUUGAUUUAGAAUAUCCAACAAAUCUUCAUGAUUUACAUAAAGAUUUACCUUUAGCGCCGGUUCAUGAGAAACCACCUUUACCUGAGAGUAAGUGUGUAAAGCUAUUAGCUACUCUAAAUUCAAAAGAAAAAUAUGUAGUUCAUUAUCAAAGUCUCAAACAAUAUCUAUCUCUGGGUCUUAAGUUAACCAAAAUUCAUCGUGUUUUAAAGUUUAAUCAAAGUUCAUGGUUAAAACCAUACAUAGAUUUAAAUACACAAUUACGACAACAAGCUAAAAAUGAAUUUGAAAAAUCAUUUUUCAAAUUAAUGAACAAUGCUAUUUAUGGAAAGACAAUGGAAAGCGUAAGAAACCAUCGAGAAAUUAAAUUGGUUUCAAAAUAUGAUGGUCGAUAUGGUGCUCGAAGUUUAAUAGCAAAACCUAAUUUUGCAUCAUCAAAAAUAAUAGAUGAUUUAGUAAUCAUAGAAAUGAAACGAAAUUAUGAUAUUAAUAAUCAUUAUGGUAUUCCGUUAACAAACAAAAAAGUAGUUGGAUUAAUGAAAGAUGAAAACAAUGGUAAAAUAAUGACUGAAUUUAUAGGCUUAAGAAGUAAAUUAUAUAGUUAUAGAGUUGAAAAUGAUUUAAAUACAAAUACACAUAAAGUACAUUCUAGAGCAAAAGGUGUUAAAAAAUCUGCGAUGAAAAAAAUAAUAUUUGAAGAUUAUAAAAAUUGUCUUAUACAUGAAAUAGAAAUAUUCAAAAAGCAAAAUAUGAUACGUUCUCGUAAUCAUAAUGUAAAAAAAAUUACAAUUACAAUGACGAAAAAAGCGUUAAGCUGGCAGGAUGAUAAACGUAAUUUGCAGAGAGGUAGUACCGACACACUACCAUGGGGAUAUAUUGCAACAGUAGACUAA